UGGAAAUAACCAAAUAUUGUUGAAUUAUUUAUCAUGGUGUUUUGUUUUGUUUUUAUUUUUGUUUAGAUAUGGAACACAAUAUUGGAAGAAGCAGGCUUGGUAGACCGAGUCAGGCACAUUCUUCUGCUCGACGAGAGGCUGCUGCCGGCAAUCCUCCUGCUAAAAGAGGUCGUCGUAGACAAGGACAACCUCCGUCUCAAGGAACACAUGAUAAUGAAGCGGGGGGGUCAGGUGCGACACGAUCACGUUCAAGGCGACAACAAGUUGAUGAUGUUGACGUAGAUGCAGCUGAGGAUGGGAAUGUAAAUGUUGGUCAAUAUUUGGCCGAUGAUGCAGACUGGCUCGAUGAAGAUGAAGAUGAAGAACCACGGGAACAACAAAUGCAACAACAACCACCACAUGAAGCACCACAUCAACCACCACAUGCACCCAAUUUGCAACCAGAGGAUGGCUAUCCGGGAGGACCUAGUAAUUUUUCCUUAUUAACGGAAUACCACAAGCAUAGGGCAAUUCCGAUAUGGAAUGCAGAGCCUGGUGAUGAAAAGAUUUUGAAGAAAAGUAUGCGGGCCAUUACCAACGGGAAGAGGGUUAUCAACCUUCCAAAAAUGGAUCGGAAUGUGGACUGGUUUUGGAGAGCCAUAGAAGCAACCGGCUUAGAGCCGCUAACGAGGACCAAUUACAGCAUAAUAGACCACGGGGUUCUCACUGCAUUUGCCGAAAGAUGGCAUUCGGAGACUAGCACCUUUCACAUACCAAUAGGUGAGGUUGGCAUCACAUUGGAUGACGUCCAAUGUCUGUUACAUCUACCGAUCGAGGGAAAGCUGUUGAACCACAGAAAGAUAUCAAGAGCUGAAGGAGUUGAACUUGUGAAUACAUAUCUUGGAGUGCCUGAAUCCAAAUGUUGGGAAUUUUUUAUUGAUACACACGGUCCGCAUAUAACUUAUGGAGAUCUAGCAUUUGUGUAUACUACAAGAUGGGAGGAAAUUGACAAAGCUGUGAGUGAAAACCGACCGAUGCAUGAAAUUACGGUGUUGAGGCAGCAGUGUAUUAGGGCUUUUUUGCUGUUUUUGGUGUGCACUACCAUUUUCAGCAACAAAAGCCAAUUCUACGUCGACGUAGUUUAUUUGAGCUACUUUCAGGAUUUGUCGGAUGUGAAUCAGUGGAAUUGGGGUGUGGCUGCUUUAACAUAUCUGCAGCACUAUUUGGAUGAUUCGUGCAAGGCCGGUGGUAUGCAAGUAGCCGGAUACUUGUCCUUUUAUCAGGGAUGGAUAAUGAUGCACUUUCCAAAAAUGACUGUGUGGCGUAGAGAUCCGAACUACAGAGAGGAGAUGCCACGUAAUGCCACCUUCAGCACUGGACAAGGACAUAGGGAUCCUGUCCUGUAUAGGCAAUUUUUGGAUAACAUGCAGGUUUCUGAUUUUGAAUUUUGUCCAUACGAUGGUCACCGUCAUGUGAGACCCUUGAUUGAUGUUUGCUGGUUUUCUGGUUGGUUGAGGUGCGGGUCAUUGAAGGCAAAACAUUUACCUGAACAUGUGCUGCGACAAUUUGGUCAUGUUUUAGGAGUAGUGUUCGGAUUAUAUUUUCCGAAUUACUGGGACUUUUAUUCAUAA